AUGGCGACGCCUUCGCCGACACCUUCUGAUUCCCUAAUCCUUCUGCUACUCUGCCACAUCAAAAUCAACUCGACCACCCUCGAACUCCACGGCGACUCUCCCACCGCAAACAAAGGUGGUGGCCUUAGCCGCAUCAACCUCCGCCUUGGCCAGAAAAACCCAAGCGGUGCUAUGGAGCGAAGAAGAGACUCUCCUCAUAAUCGACUCAUACAAGGAAAAAUGGUACACCGUUGGUCGAGGUCCUCUGAGAUCAAACCAAUGGGAAGAGAUCUCCGUCGCUGUCUCCGCUCGCUCCGGCGUUGA